GAGCGCCAUGAUUGCUGACUAUAUGUACUGGCUGUCGGGAGGCACUGAGCAGCAUAUAAGCAAGCUCAUCAAACUGUAUUGGCAGGCUAUGAUUGAAGAAGCCGUCACUAGAGAAGAAUCCUUUUCAGUUAUGUACACACCAUUUGUGACAAAAGUCAAGGCUGACAAAAUAGACAAGAUGAAGGACGUUUUUGCUAAAAAGCACCCUGAUUAUGUAGAGCACAUAUAUACAGAUCCCCAUGGACUUCAUAUCUUGCCACAGACAUCAGACUGGUCCUCUCUGCCUCCUCAGCAGUAUCUGCUGACUCUGGGCUUCAGAAACAAAGAUGUUGGAAAGUUCUUGGAAAAGAUGUCAAGUAGGAAGCUGACAAUCUUUUCAGAGUACAAGGCACCUUUGAAUCUUCUCACAAAAGAAGAAUCAAGAAGACAUUUGGAGACCAUCGGGAAAAAGAUCUUGCCAAUAAUGGAUUUUAUAAGGAGCACCAAGUUAACGGACCGUUUCUGCGCGUGUUCGCACGUGAUAGAGAAGCUGCAGUACGCCAGCCUGCUCGGCUGCUUGCAGCAAGCCACCGAAGAGUCCCAGGUGAUUAAUCAAGCGAUGGCUGAGCUCGCUACCAUCCCCUACCUGCAGGACAUCAGUCAGCAGGAUGCUGAAUUGCUGCAGUCGCUAAUGGCAGAUGCCAUGGACACCCUUGAAGGAAGAAGUGAUAAAGAACGUGUGUGGAAUAAAAUUCAGAAGGUUGGAAUAAUUGAAGACUUCUUAUACCAAACAGAAGACAGUUUCUUAAAGAACAAAAAGCUUAGAAUAGCUAGGAGGCAGAAAAUGAAAAUGAAGAAACUUCAGAGUGUUCAGCAACAGUAAAGCCUAAGAAAUAUUAAACUGUCCCCCAGCAGCCCCAAAGACAUGGCCACAAAGAGAACAAGGAAAUAA